AUGACGACGACGACGACGACGACGACGACGGGGGAUCUGGGAUUUCUUUUCGCCGCCCAGGUGGCCCGCCGUGCGUCUGGCAAGUUGGCGACACUCACCACGCCGCCGCGGUCUCCGGCCUCCACGUGUGCCAGCGCGAGCGAGCUCUCAAGUUCGCCGACAUCGUGGGCGAUGCAGCAGAAGCUCCGCCGCCAGAACUCGGGCGAGACACCCAAGGUGCAGGACGGGUUCGCGCCCGAGAGCCCCGUUAGCGACGCAGAGAUCAGGCGCAGGGUCAAGUCCAUCCUGAAUAAGCUGACCCCGGAGAAGUUUGACAAGCUCCUAGUCCAGAUGGCUCAGUGCGGCGCAUGCACUUGCUCCCACCUGGACACGCUCGCACAGGCCAUCUUUCAGGAGGCCUCCGUGCAGCACAACUUCGCAGGCAUGUACGCGGACCUUUGCGCGUGCCUCGUCGUGAGCUUCGGUGAAGGUGGAUGUUUCCUUGGCAACGCCCUGCUGAACCAGUGCUGGGAGCUCUUCCGGGAGUCCCUGCAGCCCGAGCCGGAGGCGCUCGACUCCGAGGGCCCCGAGGCUGGCCCGCGGCUGCGCGCCGCGCCGCUCGAAGCCAUGGUUCUGGCUGCCGAGACCGCCUCAAUGCUCGAGCAGAUGCAAACCAACCUGCACCUGUCGCUUGCCGCCGCAAUCGACACGCGGACGCUCUACAAGGAUACGCUGAAGAAUGCCACACCGCAGAUCCACGAGACUGGCCAGACUGACAUGAUCCAGUUCCCCUCGGGCGAUGAAGCACGCCGCUUUCGCUUGCGCUACUCCCAGCAGGGCUCGCAGUGGACCAACAAACGCGACGGCAAGACGACCGAGAGCCGCGCACGGGGCGACCUUUCACCCGAGGGCCGUGCAAGGAAUCGCACUAUCGCCAAAGAUCGACAACCAUAUCGAGCUCAUGCGCAAGACGCUCCCGUACUGAAUGAGAACUUCUACAUCCGCGCCAAUGGCUUCAAGGGCGUCAUGUCUCUGACCAACGAACAGGACAUCUGGCCCAUCAUUCAUCUGCUGUGCGUCACUGACGACCACUACCACUCCGAGGCCGACGGGGUGGAGCUGCGGCAGUGGGGCCUCGACGUCGCCGCUGUCAAUGCCAUCCUGGCCGCGACUGACAAGAACCCGGGCGCGAUCUGA